AUGAUUCCGUUGACUCAAGGAGCAUUAAAUGAAAUCGCCCAGGGGAUUGAAGUUGACAAGCCCGUUUUUCAGAUUCUGGGAACCAAGAGAUUAGCAAGCACUGAGAGUGAACGCUACAGAUUGCUUUUGUCCGAUGGAGUUACGAGCAAUUCAUUUACAAUGCUGGCUACCCAGCUCAAUGGUAUGGUUACAAAUAAUGAAUUGUCGGAUUUCUCUAUCAUUGAGAUUACUCGCUACGCAUUGACCAAUGCCAAUAAUGCCGGAAAAAUGAGAAAAAUUAUGGUAAUUCUGGGAAUCGAAGUCAAAGUACCCGGUCAUCAAGUUCCUGGAAAAAUUGGUAACCCAACACAACAAGGAAAAGACGGUGCUGCUAGUGGAGACAUGAGACCCACUCAGCCAGUCACAGGCUCACCGAAUGAGAGUUUUGACCAAACCCAAAAUAAGAGACCUGCUGCAAAUGCUGUACAACCGAAUGCUAACGCUGCUCAAAAACGUCGUUUAAAUGAAUCUUUGAACGCUGGAACUUCUAUAAUGACUAGUCCUAUCGCUGCAUUGAGUCCGUACCAAAAUAAGUGGGUAAUCAAAGCUAGAGUUGCUAAUAAAUCCGAUAUCAGAACAUGGAGUAACUCUCGUGGAGAAGGAAAACUAUUCAACAUGACACUGGUUGAUGAAAGCGGUGAAAUAAGAUGCACUGGAUUCACUGAUUCUGUUGAUAAAUUCUACAAUAUAAUUGAAACGGGAAAAAUUUAUUAUAUAUCACGCGGUACUUUGAAAGUGGCGAAUAAAAAUUACAAUACCACGAACAAUGAUUACGAAAUGACUCUAAACAAUGACAGCGAAAUUGUCCCUUGUCAUGAAAGUUGUGAAGAGAUACCGAUGAUGAAUUUCAAUUUUGUCUCUAUUGAUGAAAUUGAGCGCCUAAAUAAAGAUGCCAUUAUUGAUGUAAUUGCCGUCGUAAAGUCUACUGUUGAUGUCCAGACUCUUACGGCAAAACAGACUGGCCGAGAAUUGAAGAAACGGGACGUCUUUCUCGUAGAUACCUCAAACACUUGUGUCACUCUUACACUCUGGGGGACUCAAGCUGAAAAUUUUGACGGAUCCAACAAUCCAGUUAUCGCACUGAAAGGUGUUCGUAUUGGAGAGUAUCAGAAUGGAAAAACUUUGUCAACUAUUUCAUCAACAGCGAUGCAAAUAGACCCUGAUAUUCCUGAAGCUCAUAGACUGCGUUCCUGGUUCAUCAACGAAGGACAAACCACUGAAGUAAAAUCAAUAUCUAAAGCCGCAAGUGGUCCAUCCCAAUGGCUGUCAAUACAAGACGCUGAACAAGAAGCUCAAUCAGCAGGAACUAAGCCAGUAAAUUUCACGUGUAAAGCAGCUAUCAGUAUAAUUCGCGCCGAGCGUGCUUUGUACAAAGCUUGUCCCACUGAUGGUUGUAACAAAAAGAUUGUUGAGGUAGGCAGUACCAUGUUCCGAUGUGAGAAAUGUAACAAAGAUUUCCCUAAUUUCCGUUGGCGUUUGAUAGCAAGUAUGGCUAUCACGGAUUGGUCUGGUAAUAUGUGGGUCACGGUAUUUAACGAAUCCGCUGAAAAAAUCUUGGGUACCAGCGCUGAAGAGAUUGGGGAACUUUGUGUAAACCAAUCAGAGGCCUACAAUGAUAAAUUUGCUGAAAUUACAUUUGAUUCUUAUAUUUUCGAAAUUAAAAUGAAGAUGGAAACUUACAAUGAUGAACAACGGAUGAAAUCAAGUGUCGUAGCAAUCCAACCAAUUGACUACUUAACUUACAACAAGCGAUUGAUUAGCGAGAUUAAAAAAUGCGCUAAUAUUCACGAUGUUAAUGCAAAAUAA